AGACGCAGGCAGCCCCAAAGCCUGAACAGGCAGGGCCGGACCCAGGUACAGACCCAGGUAAGAAGCCAAGGUCCGGAAGGGUCGCGGGCGCGGGGCAGGGCUGAAGCCCCACGUCAGGGAGCGUGGGUCUGCGGAGCUGGGGUCCCCCACGAAGAGUUUGCGGAACUCGCAUCCGGCCUUGGCCUUGGAUGUUUAUGGGUCCGUCUCUGGGUGAGCCAGGCCUUGGAUGUUUAUGGGUCCGUCUCUGGGUAAGCCAGUGGGUCCCGGGGCUCCCGAGGCCUGUGCGGCUUUCAGGUCUGGGGGUGCUGCCGGUGCGCCUCUGUCCAGGGACCAGCUCCUCUGUCCCGGGUGGGUGUGGGAGGCGGACCCGGUGGGGAGGGGCGGUGGCUGCCCUGAAACCAGAGCUCCCUCUCGCGGGUACCCAGGUCUGUGUGAGGCUUCCGGCCCCCAGUUUUGGGCCUGCGCCCAGCCCACCCCGCACCCCUAGGCGUGUGCCCCCGGCCGUGCCCAGCAGGGGCGGAGGGAGGGAGGAGGUGUCUCCGGGCAGCAGCGGGGGGCGGGGCUCCAGGGCAGGGGGCCGGGUCAAGGACGGGGGCGGGGCCCGAGGGCGCGGCCGUUCCCCGCGCGCCCCGAUUGGUCUUCGUGUGCCGGCCCCGCCCCCGCCGUGAGUGCCACACUUAAAAGCGCGGCCUCCGCGCCGCCCGCGUAGCUUCUUCGCCUCCGCCGGCGGAGACCCCGAGCUAGAGCCGUAGCGGGACCCGCCCGGCCCCCGGCUCCAGCGAGCGAGCGGCGAGCCCGCGGCGCACAGAGGCCCGGCCGCCCACGGAGCCCGGAGCCCGGCGGCCGCCGCCGCGAUGUUUCCCCGGGAGAAGACGUGGAACAUCUCGUUCGCGGGCUGCGGCUUCCUCGGCGUCUACUACGUCGGCGUGGCCUCCUGCCUCCGCGAGCACGCGCCCUUCCUGGUGGCCAACGCCACGCACAUCUACGGCGCCUCGGCCGGGGCGCUCACGGCCACGGCGCUGGUCACCGGGGUCUGCCUGGGUGAGGCUGGUGCCAAGUUCAUUGAGGUAUCUAAAGAGGCCCGGAAGCGGUUCCUCGGCCCCCUGCACCCCUCCUUCAACCUGGUAAAGAUCAUCCGCAGUUUCCUGCUGAAGGUCCUGCCUGCUGAUAGCCAUGAGCAUGCCAGUGGGCGCCUGGGCAUCUCCCUGACCCGCGUGUCGGACGGCGAGAAUGUCAUUAUAUCCCACUUCAACUCCAAGGACGAGCUCAUCCAGGCCAACGUCUGCAGCGGUUUCAUCCCCGUGUACUGUGGGCUCAUCCCUCCCUCCCUCCAGGGGGUGCGCUACGUGGAUGGUGGCAUUUCAGACAACCUGCCACUCUAUGAGCUUAAGAACACCAUCACAGUGUCCCCCUUCUCGGGCGAGAGUGACAUCUGUCCGCAGGACAGCUCCACCAACAUCCACGAGCUGCGGGUCACCAACACCAGCAUCCAGUUCAACCUGCGCAACCUCUACCGCCUCUCUAAGGCCCUCUUCCCGCCGGAGCCCCUGGUGCUGCGAGAGAUGUGCAAGCAGGGGUACCGGGAUGGCCUGCGCUUCCUGCAGCGGAACGGCCUCUUGAACCGGCCCAACCCCUUGCUGGCGUUGCCCCCCUCCCGCCCCCAAGGCCCAGAGGACGAGGACGAGGCAGUGGAGAGCGCCCAAGCGGAGGAUUACUCGCAGCUGCCCGGAGAAGAUCACAUCCUGGAGCACCUGCCCGCCCGGCUCAAUGAGGCCCUGCUGGAGGCCUGCGUGGAGCCCACGGACCUGCUGACCACCCUCUCCAACAUGCUGCCCGUGCGUCUGGCCACGGCCAUGAUGGUGCCCUACACGCUGCCGCUGGAGAGCGCUCUGUCCUUCACCAUCCGCUUGCUGGAGUGGCUGCCCGACGUUCCCGAGGACAUCCGGUGGAUGAAGGAGCAGACGGGCAGCAUCUGCCAGUACCUAGUGAUGCGCGCCAAGAGGAAGCUGGGCAGGCACCUGCCCUCUAGGCUGCCGGAGCAGGUGGAGCUGCGCCGCGUCCAGUCGCUGCCGUCCGUGCCGCUGUCCUGCGCCGCCUACAGCGAGGCACUGCCCGGCUGGAUGCGCAACAACCUCUCACUGGGGGAGGCGCUGGCGAAGUGGGAGGAGUGCCAGCGCCAGCUGCUGCUCGGCCUCUUCUGCACCAGCGUGGCCUUCCCGCCCGAAGCUCUGCGCAUGCGCGCCCCCGCCGACCGCGCCCCCGCCGACCGCGCCCCCGCCGACCCCGCCCCCGCGGACCCAGCGUCCCCGCAGCACCCGCCGGGCCUGCCCCCUUGCUGAGCACCCCUGCUCCCGAGGCCAGGCCCGUGAUCGGGGCCCUGGGGCUGCGAGACCCCGACCCUCUCGAGGAACCUUGCCUGAGACGCCUCCAUUACCACUGCGCAGUGAGAUGAGGAGACUCACAGUUGCCAAGAGGGGCCUUUGCCGUGGGCACCCUCGCCAGCCACUCACCAGCUGCACUGAGAGGGGAGGUUUCCACACCCCUCCCCUGGGCCGCUGAGGCCCCGCGCACCUGUGCCUUGAUCUUCCCUCCCCUGUGCUGCCCGAGCACCUCCCCCGCCCCUUUACUCCCGAGAACUUUGCAGCUGCCCUUCCCUCCCCAUUUUUCAUGCCCUGCUGAAAUAGGUGUGUGAAGAAUUAUUUAUUUUUGCCAAAGCACAUGUAAUAAAUGCUGCAGCCCA